AAUGAAACAAGGCCAAUUAAGAUGAUGUAUCAGAAGUCAAAGUUUAAUAUCACCUAUAUUUCUGAGGUGAAGUGUCGCAUCCUUGAACUCCCAUAUGUUGGUAAUGAACUGAGCAUGCUGAUAAUGCUACCAAAUAACAUUGAGGAUAACUCCACUGGUCUGGAGAAGCUGGAAAAAAGUCUUACUUGGGAAAAACUGCAAGAAUGGACAAACCCUGACAUGAUGGAUAAAGAAGAGACUGAAGUGUCAAUUCCCAAGUUCAAGCUUGAAGAGACAUACGACCUGAAAAAGACUCUCAUGAGUAUGGGAAUAGCGGAUGCCUUUGAUCUGACAAGGUCUGAUUUCUCAGGCAUGUCUUCCAACAAAAAUCUUUUUCUUUCGAAAGCAGUACAUAAAUCAUAUAUUGAGGUAAAUGAAGAAGGAACUGAAGCUGCUGCAGCAACUGCAAUGGUAAUAUCUAAUCGAUGUGCCUUUUUCUCUGUGCCAUUUACUGCAGACCAUCCCUUCUUGUUCUUUAUCAGACACAAUAAAACCCGGAGCAUUCUAUUUUAUGGCAGGUUCUGCACUCCUUAAUUCUUUCACUGUACUAGUAAUUCAAAUCUUAUAUUAUAGCUUUACG